CAAUGAAGUAGGAAGGAUAUUAUUUAGUUAAAUACGACUUAAAGCUUUGUUUAAUGCUUCACAUAUACACUUCAUAGUUAAAAGGUUGUAGACAUCUAAACUGCACUGAAGAUGUUUGGGCAUGUGAAUGAGAGUAUGGAUAAAGGCUCGAUAAUGGACUUAGAAGAAAGAGUAGAGAAGAUAGCUGAUAUUUAUGUGAGUGCCGAGGCUGUAAGAGAUAUGAAACAUAAGAAAGACAAAGAGGACUUUGACACCCAAACACUGAAGACCCAAGCAUCUCAACACACAGGAAGUGAUUCAGUGAAGGUCAGAAGCUCCAGAGCAGCUGUUGUGUGUUUGGUUCUGCUGUGUGUUCUUCUGCUGACUGCAGUCAUAGUGCUGUGUUUCAUCUUCACUCAAGAGAGACAACAGCUCUUAUCUAAGAAUGAAAACCUGACCAGUGAGAGAGAGCAGCUGAUACUCAAGAACACAAAUCUGACCAAUGAGAGAGAGCAGCUAAUACUCAAGAACACAAACCUGACCAGUGAGAGACUGCAGCUUAUCCUCAAGAACACAAACCUGACCAAUGAGAGAGAGCAGCUAAUACUCAAGAACACAAACCUGACCAAUGAGAGACAGCAGCUUAUCGUCAAGAACACAAACCUGACCAAUGAGAGACAGCAGCUUAUCGUCAAGAACACAAACCUGACCAAUGAGAGACAGCAGCUAAGAAGUGAUCUUCUGAUUUGUGGUAAAGUUUCUUUCAUCUAUGUAGUUAUUUGCUAUUUACCUUAUUAAUUUUUAUGCAUCUGUAGGUUGAAUGAGUUUCCCUUCUUGUGUUUUCUGCUUCCACUUAUUCUUGUUCAAAUCAGAUUGUUAUAAAAGGGCAAUGUCUAAGUAGUAGAAUUGGGAUUGGGCCUUAGUAACUGGUGUAUAUAACAUAUGAUCAUAAAUGAGGAUAAAAAGCUAUAGCUGAACUGGUUGUGUUUACAGUUGGAUGGAUUUUCUAUCAGUCCAGUUUUUACUACAUGUCCAAUGAGACAAAGAGCUGGACUGAGAGCAGACAAGACUGUCAGAAGAGAGGAGCAGAUCUGAUCAUCAUAAACAACAGAGAGGAAUAUGUGAGUGUAAUAAUGCAUCUUAUAGUUUUUGGCAGCUUAAUGUGAAAUGGUCAGAUGUAACGUGUCUAUUUAUGACAGAAAUGUGCAACUGUGUUGUCUGCUCAGUAUUUUGUUCAGAACAAGUCUGGUCCUGCUGCUGUUUAUAUUGGUCUGACUGACAGUGAAGUGGAGGGCAACUGGAAAUGGGUUGAUGGCAGCAAUCUGACCUCUGGUUUCAGCUCCUGGGCACCUGGACAGCCAAAUGUAAACAAUCAAAAAAACGAGGACUGUGUUAUGACUGUUGCUGUGGCUCGGACAGAGUUUUCUAAUUUAGUAGGGUGGCAUGAUGUUGCAUGUAAUAAUGCUUUUAAAUGGAUCUGUGAGAAGAGGACUUCACAGUUCAUACUUCCGUAGGAAACAUCGCGCACCUUUUGACACAAGUUCAACAAUCCAAAACUUUUGUAACUGAUUCUCAUCUAAAGCAUUUUUUCUCGACUUUUUCCAGGAGGACGUUAACCACUGAACAUUUUUAAUGUCUUCUUUGUCAGACACACAUUUCAUAAUCUAAUGAGCUGAUGAGUUGAGUCAGGUUUGUUUAAUUAGAAAGACAUACAAAGUGUGUGCAAAAUUGGAUUCCAGAAGUGUUUUAUAUGACCAGAAAUGCCUUGUGAGUGAGAAUCAAAGAAC